ACAGCAGGGGGCGGUGGCGCUCUCCGUAGCGCUCUUUGUCCACAUGAAGAAAAGCCACUUCCGCUGCCCAUUCUGUCACAGGCGUCACUUGAAAGAUCGAGGUGAGUCCCAAGCACAGAUCCUUCGUGGAUGCAACAACUUUUAAUUAACGAACGGUUCAGUUAUGAAUUGUGCAGUUUAUAUAUGUGUCAUUGCGCAUGCAAUAGAAAGGUUAAUCUAGGAGUAUCACUGCUUUACGUAAAAAUUCUGGUUUAACAGAGAGAUUUUGCUGACCUUGGCUCCCGAGCUAACACAGCUAGCUACUGCUAGCUAGCUGUGCAGGGUCUGACUUGAACAAAAUGUCAAGGGCCUGGUGUCAUGAUGAUCAAUUUUUAGCAACGUGUUUUACCGUUUUGGUAUCUUGAUAAAUUGAAGCACAUGUUUGCAAUGAAAAAAUAUAUUGGGUAUUUUGGAAGUUGGGUUUUAGCUGCCAGCACUCGGCUACUGUCCUUGGUUUUUUUAAGUUUAUUAUUUUUUAACUAAACUGGGUUUAACGCGGUUCAUGUACAAACUUUAUCAUCUUUACAUGUCCCAUAGUCAGUAUUUCAGACUGGACCUGCCUCAGUAAACUGAAUUAGCAGUUGUUUUAUCAAAUGAACUCGCUUGUCUGUAAUCUAGUAAGCCUGUUGAAACCUGGGCAGGUGCUUCUCUCAACUCCGUUCGAUGUUAAAUGUUUUAGCGCGUUUUCCUGUCAAAGAAAUAUCAGUCAGCACCAAGUGGCCAGCAGCGUGUGUCAUUCCUUUACAUAACUCAGUUUUUUUUUUCAUUAAGGUACUCUGCACAAACUAAAUGUUGACUAAUACAUACAAGGGGUGAUAUAUUUAUUAUAUUGAAUUUAAAGAUUCAGUAUUGACUGUUGUAAUGGAAGACAGACUACAUCAGUAAUGUGUGGAUGAGAGGAAGAGUAUUUUGCCUCUAAAUUGUAAGAGGGGUUUUAUCCCAGGUCCCACGGUCUACAUGCCAAAGAAUCCUUUAGCAAAACGCCAAACCCCAAACUGCCCUGUUGUGCUUGAAUAUGCAUGUAUAUCCAUCAAGAUGUACUGAACAGUUUCAGAACCUGUGAGGGCAUCAAUCAAUAAAUCCUUUUUAUAGCACUGUAGCACAAAGUACUUUACACAGAAGAAGAAAAAAGAGAGAAAGAAUACCCGACUGUCCCCUACCCCAUCUCUGUCCCCUCAUCCCCCCUCCACAAACUAAGCACAACAGAAGCGAGUUUUAAAAUGCAUUAACUUGAAGAGCUUGACAUAGUAAGAACAGGAUUAUGUGCACUGAUAAGUAUUAAUACAUUUUAUCUUCCAUAGUUAGUCUGACUGGUUUGCAGUGAUAACUGAAAUCUUUUAUUUUACAGAUUGUCAGGAUGGCAGGCCGUCGUGUAGCCCUCAAGGCCAUUGACUGGUUGGCGUUCGCUGAGCGGGUUCCACCCAACCAGAGGGGCAUGUUCAACGCUCUGAAGACUCGCAGUGAUGCCAUUGCAGCCAAGUUAGUUUUACAACAACAGAAAAAAGCACAAGUCAUCUUUUUGCUCAUGUAAUAAGUUUAGUGAAGUCAAACCACGGCUGUGUUUUAAAAUACUUGCUGCUGGUGGCAACUGCUUCAUUAUGGAAAGAUCAAAAGCAUCAGUCUUGGGGAAGGACAUGAAGAAUUGUUCUCCAUGUGCUGAGAGAAUAGGACAAAUCAGUGCUCACUGACCACCUGUUGCUGGAGGGGCACUUAAAUAGAAAUGGGUAGAGGCCCAAAAGUGUAGUUUUUUCUUAUAAACAGACUUAGGAUUAACCAAUAAUUGGCAUGGCUGAUAUUGGCUGAUAUUCAGCAUUUUUACAAUAAUCAGCAUUUGCCGCUUUUCCACCGAUAGCCAAUGAAAUACGUUUUAUUUUAAAACGCGCUCAUUCUGCUCUUAAGCAGCAAUGUCCCGCCUACUGUCCCCACUGAUUGGCUACGCAGACAGCCAAUCAAUACUCAAGCUUCUAGGUGCAGCUCCACAGCAAGGGAGAGAGGAGAGUGCUCUGUGAAGCAGCGGUCUGCCGCUGCUGAUUGGAUGUGAGACUCCUGUUCCUUUCACUAAUGUUUAUUAACACCACAGAACUAAACCUUCAAUAAACAAAAGCCAACAUCAGCUGUUGUAAUCAUUACAUAGAUAGCUUUGUUUAGUACUGUAGCCAAUACAGAUAAAGUAAUCCAGACCACUUAAGCCUGCUUCUCAACAAACGGUUGUCGUAACCCAGAGGCAGUCUUAACAGUCAAAAAUAAGAUUCUUCAACUUACACUUCUCAUAAAACCACAUGCCCACAGUCAUAACAAAUCACCAUGAAGCAUGGAGAAAUGAAACAAAAGAAACAAACUAGCAGGCAACACCACCCAUAGAGGUGCUCCUCGGUCUUUGUGAAGCUUAGGGAGCAAGUAUGCGCUACCGCUGUUUCUUUUUCAUUUCAAAAUAAAAGCACAUUUCAAAAUAAGGCCAAAAUAAUCAUUAUUUCUGCAACUGAAUAUCAGAUCUAAAUAUUGGUUAUCGGUUUCCUUGAUUAUUUAUAAUUGGUAUUGGUAUCAGCGCUAAAAAAAACCAUAUCGGUCGAUCCUUAUAACAGACCACAGUUAUGGUUUUUUUUGUUUUUUGUUUUCAUGUAUAAACACACCACAACCCGUCAGUUACUAAGUCUUGGCUCUUCACCUGAUUUAAAAAAAAAAAAAAAUGUUUUAUUUUGGACGAAUGUCAUUUUAAACUUUUGGGGUGAAUCUUUUUCAGAAGUUUAAAAGAAGUCAAAAGAACCCUAAACAAACUUAACUUAGCAGUAUUUAAGGCUUAUUGUAGGAUAUUUGUGUAUCUUUUCAGGUCAGAAAACUACACAGAGCUAUAAAUUGAAGAAACUGUUUUUCACUCCUCAUUAUCUGUCUUGAGUGGACUGUCUAAUUUUGAAGUUUUACGUUUUCAGUUGCUUUACUCAAUAACUAUUAAAACUAUAAAUUAUGAGCACUUUGGUUCUACUUUCUAAGUUAUGGUGCAUUGCUGCAUAGUCAGUCAAACUCUUUUCUCUUUAUACCAGGCUGGCCUCCCUGCCAGAGGCUCCUGCUGCCAUUGACUGGAGUUUCUACAGAGGCGCUGUAGCUAAAGCUGGCAUGGUUGAUGAAUUUGAAAAGAAGGUAAGCCUUCAUCAACUGUAUGUUUCCAAUGUUUGUUGGCAAAUCUCACUUGAAUAAUAGGUGGCAUGUGUUAAUUUCUCUGGGGACAAAUCGGGAUAUGUCAAAGCGUGUCUUGGGAUCCAGUUUAGUGGCAAGUUCACAAGGAUGUAAGGACAGCGGAGAGCAGAGUAGCUUGUCGCUAGGCCUGUCACGAUAACAAAUUUUGCUGGACGAUAAUUGUGCUACAAAUUAUUGCUGAUAAACGUGUUAUUGACACCGUUUUUUAAAUUAUAGAUAAUGAUAAUAUAUGGCAUAAUAAUGCGAGUAAUAAAGCGAUCAACUUUAAUUGCUCAAGAUUAAGAACUUUGAAAUAAGAUGAACAAAUAUGAUAAACAAAAAAGACAACCAAAAAACAAUGAAAAUAAAAUGGACCCACAUUCUGAUUUAUCAAAAACUGCAUUCAAAUAAAAACCACAAUCACAACUACAAACAAUAAAAAAAUAGACCUUGUCUCUGGUAAGGUACAAAAACUUCACUCCACACAUAACUAUUAAAACAAUAAAUAAAGUGGAGUCUCGAGUCUGUAAACAAAAUUGCACUAAAUAAUUAGCUUUGGGUGCUAUUCCUCAACAGGUCAACAAAGAACAUGCAUGCGCACCUCAAGCAUAAUCAUCUCCGCGGAUGAUUGGGUUUGAGGUGCGCAUGCAUGUUCGUCGUAUUCCCCUUCUUUGUCACCAAAACUUUCGAACAAAUGCGACAUACGUCCGUGUUCGUGGGCUCACCUCUUUCAUUUUACUUGAAACCGAAAUGUUCCCACACUGGGGCUGUUGCGUUGGGAUUAGACACCGAAGCUGUCGUUUCAUCAUUCAUUGCGUUUGCUCCGCACUGUGUCAGUAAGUCUGUGUGUGUGUGUCCGUCUGUGUGCGUGUGUGCGCCAGCUCUCUCUCCCCCCACCCCCCCCACCCCACCGUGACAAAGAGACUGAAUGACUGACAGGAGGGUUCACUCACUCCGUUCAUACCGCUAUAGAGCCAGGUGUCGAGAAAAAUGCGCAGAGUGAGACGUCUUCUCUCAUCCAGCGUGUUUGGUAGCAAGAGAUGAGGAAAACAAACGCACGUCAAUUAUCGAGGCUGGCAAAAUUACCGACCUCGUUUUUAUUUACCGAGCGAUUAGGGGAUUUAUUGAUUAUCGCGACAGGCCUACUUGUCGCUGUCAGUUUGAGGAGGGAGUUGUUUAUCAAAAAUAGUGGGUAACUAGUGAAGGAAACGUAGUAUAUCUGUUACUCUAUAUAGCCACUCAGUUAACCUGUUGGUCGUACACCUUGCUGAUUAUUUUAUCAUUGUGUGUGCGCUGAAGCAUAUGUUGGUUUUGUGUGACUAAAUUGUUCCCCCCAAACACAGUUCAAAGCCCUGCAGAUCCCUGAGCCUGUUGACACACAGACAAGCGCCAUCAAUGCACAGGAGGCGGAAGCUGUAAGUGAUCGUUUUCAAACCGAAGCAUGUUCUCAUUAUAACUGCACUUAGCUGUUCUGUGUAAAAUGUGUUGACUUAAAAUCUGAACAGGUUGAGGAAAAUCAAAUUUGGCCAUAGUUACUAUAAUUUUACAAGUUGAAUCAAUUUGAGUUUUACACAGUGGCAGAAAUACAAUUUUCAUCGUUCAUUUUUCAUUACCAGAUGUAAUCAGUUUGCUUUCAUUUUGCAGGACAAAAGUGCAACAGCCUAUAUUGAAGGAUCUAAGGCUCGCAUUGCUGAAUAUGAGAAACAGGUGAAAGAGUGGUUGGAUUAGUUUUUUUGGCACUUCAUGAGCUUCUUUGACAAAUCUGUAGUAAUAACUUGGUUCCCAUCUUUGUUUGUCCUCAGUUGGAAAAGUUCCAUAACAUGAUCCCCUUUGACCAGAUGACCAUUGAGGACCUCAAUGACACCUUCCCCGAGACCAAGUUAGACAAGGUCAAACAUCCCUACUGGCCUCACAAGCCCAUCGCCGAGCUGUAACCAUCUUACUGAACACUCACCUUACAAUAAAGAUUAUGUAUUUUAAAAGUGAAACUUUGG